AGGUGAAGCACCAAUCGUUUUACGACCGCUUGACCUUCAAGUGCUCGGCAAUCUUCAUAGUGGACGAUCCUCUUAAGCGUUGCCCAUCGAAUUUGGUUGAUCCACUGGUUCGAACUGAGGAAUAUACUUUACUACAGUUUACUAAUUCUGUUAGUAUUAACUUUUCCAUAAAAAUCGUAAGGCCUCGUGUAAAUCUUAUGAAAAACUUCCUGUUUUGUAUUUCCUUAACCAUAUAGUUGAAACAUCCAAAUUAGAUGUUGUUGAAAAUUGUAUUAAUUGUAGAAGUUCGCGGAUCUAUUGUGUAAAGUCCCACUUAUGUUCAAAAAUUUUGUCAUCUCAACAUACUCAUUUAUCGAGAAUUAGAGAGGAUUUCAAGAAUUUGUCAAAAUCCUACUAAAAUUCUCGAGAAAGAUGUAGUUAUGUUGAGAUUGUUAGACAGUUACUGCGUCAAAACAUUACCACCAAAUAUUCUUUAUCUACCAGAUUUUAUAAAUGAAGAAGAAGAACAAGAACUACUAAAACAUAUUUAUUCUGCCCCAUUACCAAAGUGGGUUUCUCUACGUGGUAGACGCUUGCAAAAUUGGGGUGGUAUUCCUCAUGUUAAAGGAAUGUUAGUUGAAAACGUUCCACAGUGGCUACAGAAGUACAUGGAUCGUGUUUCUGAAUUGUGUUUAUUUGAUAAUAACAACAAUAAUAAGGCGAAUCAUGUUUUGGUGAAUGAAUAUGAAUCAGGACAAGGUAUAUUUCCUCAUCAUGAUGGACCACUUUACUAUCCUGUUGUUGCUACAAUCAAUCUGAAUUCUUAUGGAAUUCUGGACUUUUAUGAGCCGUUGGAUACUUCUGCAGACCCACAAACAAAAUCAACGUUAUUUAAUGAUCGUUAUAUUGGCUCAGUUUAUUUGAAACCUCGUAGCUUAAAUAUUGUUACUGAAAAAAUGUAUACACAUUAUAUGCAUGGGAUUACUGAACGUACAACUGACUUAUUAAUAAAUUAUGAAGACUGUUUGAAACGUCCUGAGGAAUCGGUUGAAAAUGCUGCUGUUAUUCAUAAUUGGACUGCUAGCAAUUUGGGAAGUAUUCACUCACAGUUAUGUCAUCGUGGCAAACGUGUUUCAGUAACUAUACGCUAUGUGCCCAAUGUGAGUAAGAUCAACUGGAAUAAUUUAUUAUGCAGAAAUUAAACUGUUCCCACUUUAUUUACUAAUACAACUGUUGUUAAUAA